UUAACCCGAUCAGUUUCAGCAGGCCUGAUGUUAACGACUCCCUUCAGUGAUCCGUCAAGUUUUCAUCGAUGUUUACUUUUCUCUCUUUUUUGCUUGUCUGACAUUAACCUUGGCUGAGGGCAAAGGCCCCCGUAUCGCGGAUCGUUUAAAUCCCGCAAGCGCUUACGAUAGAGAAGCGCUAGCAAGGGAUGGCCGGGUAACGACGAUAGGUAAUAUGAACUUCUGCCAUCAGUCAAACUUUGCGCCAGCUCGUGUUCGGACGUUUCGGUUUGUUGUUGAGCGGUAGAGUCAUAUAAGUAUCCAGCAGUACAGCAGAAAGCCAGCCUCAUCAUGUCUUUCGCCACGGCAUUCAACAAUAUCAAUACGGAGGUGUACAACGCAUACGUGUUCUGGUCAGCGGUGUUGGUGGCAAAAAUGCUAUUCAUGGCCCCACUGACCGCAAUCCAGCGUUUCAAAAAUAAGGCCUUUGCCAAUCCAGAAGAUACCAAUGCAGUUAGCAGGAAACUGAAGCCAAAGCUCGACGAUCCGGACGUAGAGCGAGUACGCAGAGCGCACCAGAACGAUCUGGAGAACAUCCUGCCAUUUUUCGUGAUCGGGUUCCUGUACCUGCUGACCGACCCGGCUCCGUUCCUGGCGAUAAACCUGUUCCGGCUAGUAGCGGCCUCUCGCAUUAUCCACACGCUGGUGUAUGCCGUUGUCGUUGUUCCGCAGCCGGCCCGCUUCCUCGCCUUUAUAGGCGCGAUGCUUCCAAUGCAGUACAUGGCCGUUAAGACCAUCCUAUACUUCCUGUAGAGCUGAAAAAGAAAUUUAAAAAUAAUAAUAAUUUUCGUUCCCUUGACUAGCGGUACUUAGAUGGGCAUGCGGGUUGAUAAAAAGGCGCAUUUCAGAUUGAAAUUCAAUCAAUGUUCCUUGUUGGUGUUGGAAGAGUUAGCAAUGUUCAGAUAUGCAGCUCGUUUACAAAAUAAAACAAAAAAU